GGAACUCUGAAAGCCAUGGGGGGAGGAGGAGGAGCUUGGAGCCUUUGAUUUCCCCAGUGGCACAGGAGGACUAGCUGUGCCAAGCCGGGCAGAUCCUAAAGGAUGUCAUGUCCCAUAUGAAAGGUCCUCAGUCUCCGCCUCUCACCCCAGUUUCCUGGUUCCUCCCAAGCCUGUUCCCUGCCUUCAAUGGAGUCCUACUGGUGGUUUUCAGUGGCCUCUUCUUUGCAUUCCCUUGCAGGUGGCUGGCUCAGAACGGAGAAUGGGCCGUUCCCGCAGUCACAGGCCCCCUCUUCCUCCUCACCUUCUUCAGUCUCAUCUCACUCAACUUCUUAGACCCUGGCACCUUACAUCAAGGCUCCCCGGAAGAGGACCCCAUGAUAGUCCACGUGGUGUGGGUGAACUACAAGGCCUUCCGCCUGCGGUGGUGCCCAAGGUGCUGUUUCCACCGCCCGCCUCGGACCCACCACUGCUCCUGGUGCAACAUCUGUGUGGAGGACUUUGACCACCACUGCAAAUGGGUUAAUAACUGUAUUGGUCACCGCAACUUCCGCUUCUUCAUGCUGCUCAUCGUGUCCCUGUGCCUCUACUCUGGCGCUCUGCUGGUCACCUCCCUACUGUUCCUGGCGCGCACCAGCCACCUGCCCUUCAACCUGGACAAGGCCAUGGCCCUACUGGUGGCGAUCCCCGCUGCCGGCUUUCUGGCUCCGUUCUUGGUGCUGCUGGUGAGCCAGGUCCUCUUGGUGAGCACGGCUGAGCGCUCCUACGAGGGCCAGCACAGAGACCUUCAUGUAUACAACUCCUUCAACCAGGGCUGCACCAGGAACUGGUACCUGACCCUCUGCGCACCGCUGGGACCACAGUACAUGUCUGAUGCUGUCUGGCUGCAGAGACCAGUGGGGCCCGAGAGGGUGCCAACACUUGCCCCCAACCUCCCGCCAUGCCCUUGUGCUCACUGUCACCCGCCCCGCCCAGGGACGCCGCCCCAGCCUGUGGGCCACUGCCCAGGGAAAGGGCCUCUGGGGGGCGGGGAGGCUGGCUCUCUCCAGGAGGCAGCGGAUUGGCUGUGUGCCGUGGGACACUCGUUCCCACUCUGUCUAGCUGCCCACCGGCCCUGCGUGACCCUGGAUGCAGGAGACCCCUGGACCAGCCUCAGCCUCCCAAUCUCCCUUCCGUCCCCAGCAGAGCCAGGAGCACCUAUACCCACUCGUCACCAACCAGAGCCCGGGCAGAGGCUUUGUGUCCGCCUCGCCCACUCUCCUGGCGGGAGGGCCGAGGCCACCCUAUUUGUCAUUAAAUUAAUACCUUUCAUGGGUCUCAGUGCCCUGCUGUGUUUCUAUCCUAGAUAUCAGGGUCUUGGGGCAGGGACAGAUUGUCGGGCUGGACAAAGUCCAGGGAUCCCCAGAAGCCUGAGCUCCAGCUCAGCACUGGCUGGAUCUGUGAGCUUGGGCAAGAUGCUUAAUGUUUCUCCCAUCUGUAAAAUGGUGCAGCAGUGUCAGGCCUGGGGGCGCAUGCCUGUUAUCCUAGCACUUGGAGACUGAGGCAGGAGGAUCACCUAGUUCAAGGCCAGCCUGGGCUACCUACGUCUCAGCCCUGCAGCACCCU